CGUCCGGCGCGACCGGAAGCGGCGGAGAGGCCGGGCUGGCCAUGGCGAGGGUCGGGCCCGGGAGAGCCAGGGGCUCGCGCCGGGGCCGGGGCCAGCGGCGGCCCCCGACCUGGGAGAUCUCGGACUCGGACGCCGAGGGCCCCGCCGGCUCGGAAGCCGACUCGGAGGCCGCCGCGAGGGCCCGGGCCCCGGCGGAGGAGCGCGGGGCGGCCCAGGCGCUGCGGCUGCUGCGGCCCGAGCAGGCCGUGCGGCGCCUGGUGGUGCGCGUGGACCCAGCCAUCCUGGAAGAUGCUGGCGCCGACAUCCUGAUGGAGGCCCUGGGCACCCUGGGCUGUGAGUACCAAGUGGAGCCCCAGUGCCCGGCCCGGAGCCUCAGAUGGUGCAGAGUGAAGCCAGACCCUUGCCCCCGCAGUGUGCCUCCUGAGGUGUGGGCUGCAGAUGAGCAGGACCUCCUGCUGCUGCUGGAGCCCGAGGAGUUUCUGCAGGGUGUCGUCCAGCUGACCCAGAUCUGUGGCCCAACCUGCUCAGUGCCCUGGGUCCCUCCUGAGAGCCAUGCCUGCCCCCACCUGGCUGUCAUCGGGCUGGACGCCUACCUGUGGUCCCGCCAGCCCAGCACCCAGGAGAUGCGGCAACCAAAGAAUCCAGCGGUGGCCUGUGCUGAGCUGGCAGUCAGGUGGCCCGAGGUGGAGGAGGCCCUGGUGCUCCUACAGCUCUGGGCGAACCUGGACGUGCUGCUGGUGGCCUCCUGGCAGGAGCUGAGUCAGCACGUGUGUGCCUUCACCAAGGCCCUCGCCCAGCGCCCCUUCCGGCAGCACCGGGAGUCCCAAGCCUUCUCCUUCUGCGUGGCAGGGCGCUGGGCCGCAGGCGAGCAAGUAGCAAGAGAUGGCACAGGGCUGCGGGGGGCCUGGCGGCGGCAGAUUACACAGUUCAACCGGGUCAGCCCGGCCGUGGCCGAGGCUGUCGUCUCCGCCUUCCCCUCCCCUCGCCUUCUGCAGCAGGCAUAUGCAGCUUGCAGCACGGAGCAGGAGCGCCUGGCCCUCCUGGCGGACCUCCCCGUGGAGGCGGGCGAGGGUGUGCGGCCCCGGAGGGUGGGGCCUGACCUUUCGCGCCGCAUCUACCUCUUCUUGACUACCACUGACCCUGACCUCCUGCUGGACCUGGGCUCCUGACAACGCCUCCCGCUGGACAGAACACAACCCACCCUGGGGACUGACCCAAAACCAGGAGGCACCAGGGGAGGGGAGCAGGGAAAGCUCUUGGAUAACGGAUGAGCAGAAGAGGCAAUUCUCACCAGGAAACACCAAACCAGCUGGAGAGUCUGGAGAAUGUGGGGUGGGGUUCGUGUACCCUGGGCUCUGUACACAUUAGCCGUGAGACUGGUGGCCAACUGGGACGGUCAGGAAGGGCUGGGGAGUGCCCAAGGUCCUCACUGGGGGGAUAAACGCUGGUCACCUGGAGACUUGGGGGUGGCACCU